AUGAGGCCCCUGGAGAGUAAAUUCCAUGUCGAUUUUCAGAUUACAGAGGAGGGCACCCUUCAGAGUACAGGCUGGUUUGAAGUGACCAUUGAUGGAAAAUUGGUGUAUUCAAAAUAGAAUGAUGAUGGGUAUGUGGAUAAUGAUGAAAAGCUGUCCAAAACUGUGAAAUCAGUCAAAGCUUCUUUGAAACUCUGAGAGAGAUGGAUGUCUAUGUUCUUGCAGGAGGCUAAACCCUCAUCUCUGUUCUCCUCAGUGCAUUGCUUAAUGAUGGCGGUAUCCUCAAUGAACAAGGGUGC